ACAGGCGAGACAGCACAGAGUCCGCUCUGGGCUGGGUCUGACUGCCUCCUCAGCAGUCACGGCUAACGGACUACCCACGCUAGUCCCGCAUUCCUCGCACGCCCUUGCCCGGAUAUCGCUCCUGGGCUGCUUCGCCAUCUACGCCGUGACUCCAGCGUGUCAUCUCAUGUCAUUAAUGGAGCACCAUGGUUGAAAAAGAAGUGAAAAACGCACGUACGAACACGAGCGAGAGCGAGUGCAUGCGUAUGCGGCCCCGAGUUUGUAUUGAAUACCAGGCGAGUGACGUCACGACCGCGCAACUGCCGAGUGAGACAGUACCCCUCCGCGCGGAGCCUAGUUCCCGUCUGGUGUGUUGUUUUCGCUAACAUCGCGAUUGUCACUCUUUCUCUUCAUCAUUCUUACAUUCUAAGACAUUCUUAAGAUUCAAAUCCUUCCGUUUGUCCACUAGGUGUCUGCAAAAGAGCGAUUGCGCUAGUGUUUAUAAGAAUGUUUUGGAACCGCGCGGAGUAAUCACCGCAGCAAUAAAAGCUUCGUCGGUUCAGUCACACCGAUAGUACUACGCUGACCACGGAGGUGAACAUUACACUCCUCUCUCCUUACGGUCGAGCCAAGGCGUUGAUCCUCGCGUGUUAUUUAUCAGUGGAAAAAACUUUGAACACUCUCUCUGGAUUUACCUGUGUUUUACCAAGCCACCUAAGUGGGACACGAUGUUUAAGGUGUUUACAUCAGUGAAUAGUUACCUCAACCCAGGACCUGUUAUGGGAAUUCCACAAGAAAACUUCAAACAAGUAACCAUGCCAGUCCGAGAACACCUGCAUCAUCACAACCAUCACAACCACCACAACCAUCACAACCACCACAAUCACCACAACCACCACACACAACAGCCCUUCGACCGCCAGUACAGAGUCGGCCACAUCUUGGGCGAAGGCGGUUUUGGGCGUGUGUAUGCAGGCUUCAGAAAGAUGGACAACCUUCCUGUGGCCAUUAAACAGAUUGCGAAGUCAAAAGUGCCUGCCUGGGGCUGGAUAAACGGCGAGCGAGUUCCUCUCGAGAUCUGCCUCUUGAAGAGGGUCUCCCACGUCCCCGGCGUCAUCAGACUGAUCACGUGGUACGAGUUCUCCGACUGCUUCGUGAUCGUCAUGGAGCGACCCGAAGCCGUCAAGGAUCUCUUCGAUUACAUCACGGAUCGGAAGCGAGUGCCCGAGCCCGAGGCGCGGUACCUCUUCCGCCAGGUGGUCGACGUGGUGCGACAGUGCCACGCCGCCGGUGUCAUCCACAGGGACAUCAAGGACGAGAACCUCCUCAUCACCACCAACAGACAGGGCAGAAAGGUCAUCAAGCUCAUCGACUUCGGCUCGGGGGCGUUCCUCAAGGACAACAUCUACACUGACUUUGAUGGAACCCGAGUUUACUCUCCCCCCGAGUGGAUCAAGCAGAAGCAGUACCAGGCGGGACCUGCGACGGUGUGGUCGCUGGGCAUCUUGCUCUACGACCUCGUUUGUGGCGACAUUCCCUUUGCACAAGACGAGCAGAUCAUCUCGGCGAUACUGGACUUCCGCGUGAGUGUGUCCGACGAGUGCCAGGACCUGAUCCGCCAGUGCCUCAGCGUCCGGCCGGAGGACAGACCCACGUUAGAGCAGAUCCUGCAGCACCCCUGGAUGAAGGGCCCCCGCGACUCCGGCGCAGGCCUGGUGGGCUGCAUGGGCGGCUCCCUGGGACCCAUGGGCCUCAUCUCGGACUCCUUGCUCGACAGCGACGCCUCCUCCCUGGACAAGCACUCGACGGGCAGCGACGCCUCCCGCGAGUCGGAGUCGGAGUUUUGACGUCCGGGAGCAGGGUAGUCGCGCUAGCCGUCGUGUUAGGGCCGGACCCAGCCGCUUGUGAAACGUCCCCGCCCGGUGCGGAGGCGCUGGUCGCCACACCUCGCAGUGCCGCCUUCCCGCCGCCUAUGGAGCGGGGGGCGGCGCCCUCAGGCCCCCAGCCUGGUCGGUGCUACCCCAGUUAGGGACCCCAGUGCCCAGUGCACGCUAAUCUCACCAAAGCCUCGGCAGCGUCCGUCGCGAGGCCCUCGCCCGCGGCGGAGGUUGUGUCUCGUUUUCUCCAAGAGAAAUUGUACAUAAUGUAAUUUAAAUUUAUAUUUAUAGUAAGUUAUAUUGUAAAUAUUGUAAUAAAUCCGCUUUUAAUAAUAAUUUAUCUGUCAUGUUUUGACAGUGGAUGCCAUCAAUGCAACAGACUUUUGUAUUAAACAUGAAAUAUGGUUUAUACCGUGAGAUUCAUAUUUUUGUAUAAAAUGACAAAAUUCCUAUGAUGCAAAUAAAAUGCUGACAGUACUUCAA